UUUUUUUUUAUCCUUCACCUUUUUUGAUCACCUUAAAAUCAAUGGCUGAUAUAUUUGACCAGUUUGCACAGAUAUUAAAGUCUGGCUCGGAUAGUACAGCUCUACAAAUUGCUAAAGAAUAUGAAUCCUUAUCUCAAAAUGGUGACCCAUUCCUGUCCUGCGAAAAUCAUACCUGGGAGCUGUUAGCUGUCUUGGCAAGUACGAAAAACAAGUCGAUCGUUCAUCGUUAUGCCUCUAUUCGACAAUGGGUUUCUAAAAUCCCCAUCGAUCACGUCUUGGCCGAAAAAAUAAUGGAGCUGGAAAUCAUUGAACAGGAAAUCGAAGAAGAAUUAAACGUGAUUGUUCGAAAGAAUCGCAUGCUAAGACAGGACGACGAAAGACCUGCCAAAAGAAGGCAUGUGGAUGAUGCGUUGGAACAAUUAUAUCAGGCACGAUUUAAGCAACUACGACAUGGCGAUUUGACACCCGCUGUAGAUGGUCAAAAGACGUUGGAUUAUGUGUUUAACGAAUAUAUUCACUAUAAUCGCAUUGCACUAGAUGAUGAUACUACAACAUCUGUCGAUACAAAGGAAAGAUCUGCUUGGAGGGAUUGUGUAACACACAUGGCGAAACAUGAGGGGUUAGGCAAAUAUGGACAGGCAUUGUAUUAUACACUAUGUGGCAAUAUAAAGGAACAAUGUGAACUAGUGGGAAAGACCUUUGAGGAUGUGAUUUGGAUAUGCAUGAAUGGACUUGUAGAAGAUACAAUGGAUGGAAAGACAGUGGAAAUAACAGAUGAGAGGAUCCGCAUCGCAUUAGAAAAGGACGAGAUCUUGGAAAAGGGUGACCCUCGCAUCUUAUUUCACCGUAUUCAAUCGUCUAUGCUGAAUGGCACUGUCACACACAUGAUUCGCACUCUCUAUGAUGGUCUGAUCAAAAACACACAUACCGCAGAUCUGUGUGUGAAUGAUUUCUGUCGUGAAAAUACCCUGAGAUUUGUAUCCACUUGGAUCUUGUUUGGAAGAAAAUAUUUCGGUUGGAAAGAAGAUCCCUAUUCAACCGCUCUUGUGGCUGCCUAUGUUCAACUGAAUGCUCAACCACACACAUUUCGUCCAAUCGUGAUUGCUUCUUAUGCAGCCAGAUUAUCUUUACAUGAUCAAAUACUCGUCUAUUCCAAUUUCCUCCAAGAAUUUGAUGGAGAUAGGGAAGAAUGCAGAGUGCUUUGUCAGCUUGGAAAAGAAGUAGGCCUCGAUAUGCCAAUGAUUUUAAUCCGUACCAACAACAAUCUGUAUGAAAAGGCGGUAGCGCAAAAGAUCCCGGGUAGCACCACAUUUAACAUGAGACCCAUCACCGAUACUCGAUAUGACAUGUUCUUUCGUGCCCUCGAUUGGUUAUUAGUGGAUGAUGAACUUAUUCCGGAAGCGAUAAAAUCCGCCAAUGAGCUGGUCAAUUAUUUUCUGUCACAACGUCAAAUACAGCUUGCGGAAAAAGUGUUUGAAACGAUUCCUUCGUACCUGUAUGAAAAAUUAGUGUUGUGUUGGAAGGAUGAAGCGGUAUGUACGUUUCAUUUAAACCAAAAAGUCGUGAAUGUCUUUUUAGAGUAUCCCUCAUGGGAAACAUUACUCUCCUCACGGCCCAAAGAUUCAGGUUCUCUCAAGGAUCUUCAAGAUAUUUAUGCAUGGCGAGAUGAGUUGGAAAGACAGACAUUAAAAUUGGAAGACUCCAUUUUAGAUAUCUUGGAAAGUAAUUGGUUAAAAGGAGUAUCAUCUGACGUUCGACAAAUUUAUAUUCCUGAACUCAUCAUUCGAUUACAUCAUAUAUUACUCGCCACAUCUGAACAUAUUUCCAAGUAAGUACACUCUUAAUAAGGAAAAAAAAAAAAUCUGACACUGUUAUAAAAGUGCUGAAACAAAAAGUUCCGAACUCGUUACUUUUGUCACUGAAAAUAAAUCCAGUCUCUUUGAUGAUAUCUCCAACUCUCACAAUUGGGAUAAAGUAAUUCAAGAACUGAGUAAAUCUCUCACUGUUUAAUUCGAAAAAAAAAUAAACAUUUUUUUUUUUUAUUAUUAUUAUUAUUAUUUUGAGGA